AUGUCUCCAAAGAAAGAAUCCACCAGCAACAUAGCGGCAGAACGGCUCUCCAAAGUCGCGGCUCACCUGACGACCAACCAAGACGAACCAUCCUCAACAAACCAACCUCCCCAGCGCGGCCGGCGCACAAAAUCCCAGCGUGCCGCCGGCCCUCCAGCCGACUAUUCUGACGUACUUUCAAAUCUACAGAAACUCAACACGUUCGCGCGUACCCCGGACCUCAACAACAGAGGGUAUGUGAGGCAGAAACGUGAAGGCAAGCUAUGGGUGCGAGAGCGCUUGGAGCAGCUGCUUGAUAAAGGCAGUUUCAAGGAAAUUGGCACUGCCAGUGGGCAGACGAAGUGGAAGCAGACGGGACCGCAAGACGAGGAGCCCGUGUCGUUCACGCCCACCAACAAUCUUCAGGGAUUUGGUCUGCUGGGUGGUAGAAAGAUCAUCUUGACAGCCGACGACUAUUCCAUUCGAGCCGGGCAUGCUGAUGGAGCCAUCUCGGAUAAGACUGUAUAUGCCGAGAAACUUGCUCUGGCUAUGCAAAUCCCCAUCGUCAAACUCACGGAUGGAUCCUCAGGUGGUGGAUCUGUAAGUACAAUCAAAACGAAUGGGUGGUCAUAUAUCCCCGGGGUACCCGGGUUUAUACAGGCGAUCAAAGGGCUCAACAUGGGUAUUCCCAACCUCGCGGCAGUUCUGGGCCCAGCGAUCGGGAUCGGGGCAGCACGCGCAGUAUCAUGCCACUUCUCGGUCAUGGCCGGCGACAUCGGUAGCCUAUUCAACGCCGGGCCACAGGUUGUUGAGCUCGCGACCUUCGAAGAGGAUUUGACGCUGCGGGACCUGGGAGGGCCGGGUAUACACUGCACGAACGGGACGAUCGACAAUUUGGCAGCAAAUGAGGCAGAGUGCUUCGAGCAGCUCAGGAAGGUCCUUUCGUAUCUGCCGAGCUGUGGACAGUCAAAACUUCCGCCGCUAGUCGAUAGCGACGAUCCCAUCUCGAGGUCCGACACGGAUUUGAGAAGUAUCAUUCCGCGGAAGAAGACGCGGAUGUAUGACGCGAAGUCUAUCAUCCGAAAGGUCGUCGACGCCGAGUCUUGGUUCGAGAUAGGAGCCCUAUGGGGAAGAACGGCGAUUGUUGGUCUUGCUAGGCUAGGGGGCCACCCUGUCGGAAUUAUAUCGCUCAACUGCGAGGUCAACGCGGGCGCCUUGGAUACUGGAGGGUCUCAGAAGAUAACGCGUCAUCUGAAGCUUUGCGAUGUUAUGAAUCUGCCCAUCAUCCAAUUUGUGGACGUUCCUGGAUAUGCCAUCGGGACUGUUGCUGAAAAGCAAGCAACAAUGCGCUGGGGCGUCGAGCUCGCCAAAGUGUAUAUCUCCACGACGAUCCCCAUCUUCAACGUCCUGACGCGGAGGGUCUAUGGCGUCGCUGGCGGUGUGAUGGUCGCGUGUCGAGACCCGAUUAUGCGUGUGGCCUGGCCGAGUGGGGAAUGGGGGAGCCUGCCUCUCGAUGGUGGUAUUGAGGUCGGCCAUCGAUGGGAGCUGAAGCAAGCCGAGGCCGAAGGCAAGAAAAAGGAGCUUUACACCCAGCUCGAGGAUGACUACCGCCGAUUGAUGAACCCUAUCAGAACUGCCAACGCCUUUGGUGUCGAGGAAAUUAUUGAUCCUGCAGAUACGAGACGUGUUGUUGCUGAGUGGACGAUCCAUAUGUGA